AUGACUUUUAAUAACAACCAAUCAAAUAUUGCAAAUACCCUUCAUUUCAAAAUAAAAGAUUUCAAUAAACUUAAAAAUAAUCAUUUAUUAACACUUAUGAAUAUAUCAACUAAACCCUUUAUGAAUGAAAAUGAACAACCUUUACAACAACCUAAUCAACUAAUAGAAAAACUUAGAGGUAGUAUUGAAUCUGUUCCUGAAGGAAUAGAUAGAAAUGUCUCUGUUAAAGUUGAUGAAAAUUCUCAUUAUGUUGUCACUCUUCCUAAUGAAAUAAAUCCUUAUAAAAUUUGUAGACGUUGCCAAGAAUAUAUUUCAAGUGAAAUGUCAAGUUUUAAGAGUGAUUUAACGAAUUUAGUUGAUUGUGGGUUAAGUCAAUAUUGUCAAGGCAAUGGGUUAAAUGAAGACAAAGAGAUAUUUAGUAACGAUGGUUGUGAUUUUAGUAUUGAUAAAGAAAAAUUUCUUUAUCUUGUUACAAAUUCUGAAAGAGAAUUUAUGUCCAAUUUUUAUGCAGAAAAAGGAAGGACAGUAAAUGGUUCUAUGAGAGCUAAAGUCAUUCAAAUGCUCAUGGAAGAAAAUAGUCAUGAAACAAAUUUUAUCAUUGACCAAGCUGUAGCAAUUUUUGAUCAUUUUUUAGCUGUAACACCAAAUUUUGCAGUAGAAUCAUUACAAUUACUUGGAUAUGUUGCUUAUGAUAUUGCAUCUAAAAUGGAUAGAUUUAAUAGUCAAAUUUUAUAUAUGUGUAAUUCUAGAUUAAUGUGGUCAGAACAAGAAGUAUAUGACUUUGAAUUAACAGUAUUAGAUACUCUUUAUUUCAAAACAACAUAUGUUACCAUUUAUUCUUUUUUUACUCAAUUAUUAAAUUUAUUUGAUAUUAUUUUACCACCAUCAUUUAACUCAACAAUAAUUUUUCCUUAUGUUUAUGCUACAUUACUCUCAUCAGAAUUCCUUAAUACUUCAGUUCCAAUUCUUGGUACUUCUCUUUUAUUAUAUUGUAUUAAUCAACAAGGUGCUUUCAAUUUUCGAGACAAUGAAUCUUAUGAAUAUAUACUUCCUAAUAUUAAAAAAAUAUGUGAUUUUUACAAUAUUUCAUUUAAUAAAUUAGAAAAAAUUACUGACACAAUUAGUUCAUUCACACAAUUUUUAUUAAAACACGGACAAUUACCUAAUUUCCAAUAUAUACAACAGGUAUUUCUAUAA